CGGGAAGGGUGCAGCCGGGAAUGAGGUGAGGUUUGUUUUGCAGGGUCGGCCAUUUCUGCGGGCUGCUGAAGGAAGGCGGAGCGGUGGACAAUGUCUGGCCUCAAACAGCCUUCAGACAACGACGCAUGGGCGCUUCUAGCGCUCAAAUCGGCGCCGGCCAGCCCCGCCAGAGUCGCCUGGAACCCCGAGGAGCCGAGGGGGACGGCGAUCGCCCGCAUCGAGGGCCGGGAGUUCGAGUAUCUGAUGCGGCAAAGCAGGAUCACUGUGGGCAGGAACUCGAGCCAGGGAGCCGUAGAUGUCAACAUGGGACACUCUUCUUUCAUCUCCAGAAAACACAUCGAGAUCUUCUACGAGCCGCCCAACUUCUACAUGAGCUGUCUGGGGAAGAAUGGCGUGUUUGUGGACGGUGUGUUCCAGCGGAGAGGAGCUUCGCCCUUACAGCUACCCAAACAGUGUGUGUUCCGGUUCCCGAGUACCAACAUAAAGAUCGUGUUCCAGUCCAUGGUGGACGAGGUGAACCCCCAGCCGCCCCCACCACCGCCUCUCCCCUCCCCGCCCAAGAAGAAACCGGAGCUGGCGCCGCUCAAAAUCAACAUUCCUGAUCCCAACACGGAUUUCGGAAGCCCCUUCCCGUCACCCACGGGAACCAUCAGUGCUGCGAACUCUGCACCGUCGAGCCCUCGCAGCCGGACGAGUUCCCACAAGGCCAGUGUGGCGCAGGCGUUACAGCGAGCUGCGGAGUACGCGGCCGCCGCCAUGGAGGAGAAGGAGGGCCAGUCCACGUCAGAGGAUAGCGGUGCCCCGCAGGACAACUCGAAGCCGCCGUACUCGUACGCUCAGCUGAUCGUCCAGGCGAUCACGUCAGCCAACGACAAGCAGCUCACUCUCUCCGGGAUCUACGCUCACAUAACUAAGAACUACCCCUACUACAGAACAGCAGACAAGGGCUGGCAGAAUUCAAUUCGACACAACUUGUCACUGAACCGCUACUUUAUCAAAGUGCCGCGCUCGCAGGAGGAGCCUGGGAAGGGUUCGUUCUGGAGAAUAGACCCGUCGUGCGAGGCCAAGCUGACGGAGCAGGCCUGGAGACGCCGUCGGCAGCGCGGCGUGCCCUGCUUCAGAACUCCCUUUGGCGGAGGGCUCUCCUCAAGGUCUGCGCCCGCCUCGCCUACUCACCACGCUACCCCCCACUAUCUCACCACCAGCGGGACUUUCACCCCCGACUCCCUGUCGCGCGAGGGGUCACCCAUCCCCGAGGACGCGGCCACGGUCGCCCCGACCAUCCCGGACCAGCUGAAACAGGUGGUCAUGACGCAGGACGGGUCGGUCAUCGCGCAGGCGGUUUCCUCCGGAGUCAUCCAGCCCACUUCUCACCCCACCACCGUCAUCACACAGGCUUCCCAGCAUGCACUGCCCUCAGCAGCUCAGCUGGUGUCCGCAGCACAGUCUGUGCUGGCAGCCCAAGGCACGGCGACUGCGCUCCAUCCUGCCUCCACGAUGACCACAGCAGUUCCCGUGGCGAUGCAUCACAUGCCCACGGUCAUCAGCCAACCAAAAUCCUACACUGCCACAUCCAUAUCCACCUCGGCCAAUGGGAGCGCAGUACAGGACAGGGCGGGGUCCACCAAUGGCGUGCCAGAUAAUGAAGAAGGCGCAAGGUAUCCAAACUAUCGCUGGGCUCUUACAGGUCCGGGCAAGCUCGGCCCCGCGGCAUACCACCUGCCCAGCGGCCAGGGGGAGGCAGCCAACGCCGUCCAGCACACCGGCCCCGCCGCGCCACCCACAGGUAUGCAGCCCUGGGGCACGUCGCCCCUCUCGCUACUGGCCACGUCAGCUGCCAACAUCUCCGCCAUCCCGAGUAAACGAGCGCACGACGGCGUGGCCGAGGACAGUGAAGAAACGAAGAGACAAAAGCUGGCGGCGAGCACCGUUGCAGAGUGAAGACCUAUACCUGUACCUCUCAGCAAGAAACCAGAUUAGUUGUUUCCCCAGCUUGUAGCGAGUGACUCGUGCCCGCCUCUCGUAUAGCACGGGUUACCAUAGCAACCGCCCUAGCGAUGCAAAUGGCGGAAACGUGUGUGGGUUUCCUCUUCACGCGCACGUGACCACGCUUGCAUUUCCAUCUGUGGCGGACUGAAAUCAGUACAAAUGAACUCUUUCUCCUGUAGAUUUGACAUUAGACAGCUGACAGCAUGGCCAAACCGCGGGAACACACGAGCAGAGAUAGAAGGAACGAUAGAGUAUGCUGGGGGAAAGAUGUAGGGUUUUCAGCUACUUUGGUAGAAAUUUUGAAAUGCACAGAAUAAGUAUGUGUAACACAAUGUGCAGUUUUGGACUACUCCAGAAGAGGAGAUAGUGGUUUUCCUUUGAUGAAUUUACCCAGGUGUUUUUGCAUUUCUUAUCCAUGAAGCGUAUUUACUAGUUAGUUAAUGCCUUAGACAUUACUGUGGACGGCGAAAGCUUUAACUUACUCCAGGGCUCUCAUGUUUUGUAUUGGUCAUUCUAAAGAGGAGACAAAUUGCAAUAUUAUGAUGUAUUAUUUUAGUUUUUUUCUUUGUUACAAAGCUUCAUGUGAGGUGCUUGUUUUUUUGGCUGCUGCACACUAGCGCCACCUAGCAGCUUCAGCCAAACUGCAUCUCUAUUCUCCUCUAUUUCUGUAGGAUUGAACACAUUUAAUACUUGUUAAUGGCGGGUUACAACUUUUUUCAUUUCUCUUCUGACUGAAUUUUGUUAAUUUGUGAGAAAAGAAGAAUUUCGAAAGGCCAAAUGAAUUCCAUGUCACGGAUGACAUCCCUGUGUGCGUGUUCAUGUUUGCUUGUAUCUCAAAACUCGUCUUCUUAAAAUUUAGAAUUUUUUCCAGUUUUCUUCGGGUUUCGGGUGUCCAGGGGAUGUCAUUCGUAAAAUGCAGUUGGUUUGGCCUUGGUUGGCCUUUAUCCUUUAAUCUUAAAACUAGUCUUAAUUUUUUUUAAGAAAAGAAAUAACUGUGGAGCUUGGGUCAACCUGCUGCUUGUAACAGAUGUAAUCCUCGAGGCUUGCUUUCUGAUGUCUUACUGUAAACUUGUUAUCACAGAUCCAGCUUGUAGCCUCAGACUGCUUGGAAACAUGAACUUCUAGCCACCAGUUUCCCAGCAAACCAAACAAUACGGCAGGUGUGUCCACAUACUCCCAGUGUCUCACUCCGCCAGUGUAGGAUGACGGAAAUUAGUGUAUGUGUGAAGAUUGGUUAAUUUGUUAGUAAUUACAUGUUAACUUUCCCAUGGAAGGUUAAUCUUACAGUAACUACACCUCACCCAGAAAUCGGGGAUUGAUCAUUAUAGAUGCAGUCUGGGGGGUGGAGUCAACAUGUACUGUGCCUGGAUGAUAAGGGGACUGAUCAUUAUUUAGGGGAAAAUUGCUUGAAAUGCUAGAAAAAAAUAUAGCUUUGUAGGAAUCUAGUUUCCCUUGCACAAUGCAUGUGCACAAUGAACAGUCCUUUAAGGGGGGCAUUUUGACACGUGACCAGGUUGCCUAGCAACCACACUGAUUGGCAGCAUCCAGGGCAGUACCAAUGCUAGGAUUAAUUCUAAGGUUUCCGUAGGUCUAACGUGGUGAUACUUCUUGUUUUGUCUUAACUUGGCUCAGGAUAAAAAAAAGGAAAGUCUUUAAGAAUUUUGUGGUUGAAAUAAGAAUUAUUUGCCAGGUCCUGUAUAGCGUAUGAUCAAUGACGUGAAAAGAAAAAAAACGGCUCGGGGAGCCGACUAAUACACGAUUAAUGUCACAAGUUCAGGUUCAAGUGUCUUAAUAAACCGACUCCUGUGUUACUAUACGGCAGAAUCAGGGUAGGGUAGAGAACCUGUAUCCACGGCUCCUCCACAUCAUGCCAAAUCAACUCUCCUCAGAGCAGAGCGCUUCACGUGGGGCAUCAGUACCGCCCUCUGCAGAAUCAUUAAAUAUUUUAUAGCAA